GUCAAAAUUUUGCCGCCGGCGCUCUCUGCUCUUCUCAUUUAUUGUUUGUUCUCACGUCGAUUUUGAUACCGGUUUUUAUUUUAUUUAUAUUAACAAGCAGUAUUUUAGAACUAAACUCCUAUUUAUUUUAAUAUCUUCCAAAUCAUUUUAUCCAGAAAACACAAAGAUGGCCGACGUAGUAGUGAAUUCCGAUAACAAAAACCCAAAAGAACUGUACGCUCAAGGCGUUAGAGCUUACAUCCUACAAGAUUUCAGCUCGGCAGUGGCGGCGCUUAGCCAAGCCAUCGAAAUGUUAGUCACGGAACACAAAGAUGAUCUGCACGAAUCACUAGGCGACGUCUACCUGUACUACGGAAAAUCGCUACUUGGGUUAUCCAGGGACGAGAGCGAAGCUUUGGGCGAUGCGGUUCCAAGAAACAACGAAGAAUCUUCGGAGGAGGAUGAAAUUGAGGAGCAACCUGAAGGAAAUGAAAAUGCCGAUAACGAAGCUAAAGAAUCUGACCUCGCUGAAGACGACAAACAAGAAAAGUCCGUAGAACCAAUGGAAUCCGAACCAAAAGAAACUGAACCAACCACUUCUAACGGAACCGCAAACGAAGAACCUUCAUGCAGCAAUGGUACAACUGCAGCAGAAGGAGAAGAGGAACCCACGGACUUGCAAGUGGCCUGGGAAGUAUUGGAGUUAGCUAAAAAAAUAUUCCAAAAACAAGGCUCGUCGGCCAAAAAAUGCUUAGCCGACACCCUAACCGUUCUAGGCGAAGUAUCACUGGAAAGCGAAAAUUUCGAAUCGGCCAUCAACGAUAUUAACGAAGGUCUCGCCAUACAAAAAGAUAUUUUCGCUAAAGAUUCCCGUACGGUAGCCGAAACGUACUACAAGCUCGGCAUCGCCUAUUCCACCAAUUCCCAAAUCGAAGAGGCCGUCAAGAGCUUCGACAGCUCGUUGGAGUACUUGAAAAACAGAAUCGCUCAUCUUGAAAAGCAGGACGACAAGAAAGACGAAAUCGAAGAGGAAAUCAAAGAAAUCAAAAGCCUCAUACCGGACAUCCAAGAAAAAAUCACCGACAUGAAGACCUACAAGGACGAGGCGUUGAAAAAAAUCGUUUCGGCCGUCACCGAAGGCACCAAAGCAGAAAUCGCAGUGCCCUCUUCUAGUUCGUCGAAACCCGCCACUAACAUUUCGCAUUUGGUCAAAAGGAAGAGGAAGCCCGAAGACGUUGCCGAUGACAAUCAAAAGCAGGACCCAGAGUCUUCUAAUCCGGCCAAAAAAGUGAACAGUGAAUGAUUUUUUUAAUUGCAGAUGUUUUAUUUAUUUGAUAAACUAUUUGUUUCGGUGUAUGAAGUUCGGUUUUGGUUCGUAUUGUCCUUGAAAGAUCUGUCAACUGUCAUUCUUCUCAUUAUAGCCUUGAAAGAUCUGUCAAUUGUCAUUCUUAUCAUAUCCUUGAAUGAUUUGUCAACUGUUGUUCUUAUCAUCCUAUGUUUCUGUAAUGGCCAGUUUCACAUUAAAUUUAAAGGAUUCUUUAAACUGACAACUUUGAAUUUAUUAUGAAAUUGACUCUUGACAUUUUAGAAACUUUAGUUAACCAAUAAAGUGGAGUAGGGUAGAAUGCCAAUUUGUAUAUUCUGUCAAUAGCACUAGUUGCGACUCUAUGGGUACGCUCAUUUUUAUUGUUCGUCUCACUCGGAAGUAUUUAUAAUUACCAUUUUCUGUCUCACACUAUCUGGUGAAUCAUGAUUAUUUAGAGUGAAAUACAAAUUGGUUAUUACAAUAAUUACUCCCAAGUGAAAUAAGAAAUGACAGCGCCCAUAGAAUCUCAUCAUAAUUCUAUCAACAGUAUUGGCUUUAAUGGCCGUCACGUGUCCAGCUUUGACAGCUGUAACUUGUCAGCUUUGACAGUUGUCACGUUCCCGAAGUUUGACAGCUGUCAUUUAUUUCUUACCGUUUUUACUGAAUGUGUAACGAAAGUUUUAGAAUAAAUGUUUUUUUGUGUUUAUAUAUUUUGUACGAAUUAAUAAAAAAAAAACAGUUAUACAAUAUAGCGUCUACAUUAAUUAAGGGGAUUGUAUAAUUCCUUUUCCAACUUUUUACGGUACCACAAAUUGGCUGACAGCUGUAGGAUUCUCAACACCAGAACUACUCGUAAUACU